GGGGCUUUGUUCUCGCACCUUAACAAUCUUCCCUUCACCCCUUCCCCUUGCCAUCUUCCUUGACGAGCUUGUCCAACAAUGCUUGCCGUACAGCCCACUGCACCUCACCAGCUGCCCAUGACGGCGUCUAUGUCCCACAGCGGCCACACGGUCAAAGUUCGGGUGACGCCACCCUCUUCGUCGCCUUCGUCGCCCACUGGAUUUGGCCACCCUCUCUCGUCUGCCUCUUCUUCUCAAAGGAAGCUCGAUGAGCCCAGCUUCUGCCACUGCGAGAUCCGCUCGCACUCGGCUGCCGCGGACGAGGCACCUUUCCUCCGUAAAACCAUUGAGCUUUCGGAUCUGGCCGAAAUCUAUCGCACGCCUGGUCUUUUCGAGGUCCUUUUCCGCCGCGUGCUCCGAAGCCCUACCCCCGCCAUGCUUGCGCAGCUGUUCAACGAAGAGACGAAGCGCGAGGGCCUUGCCUGUCUCCAACACAUCCGCAUGCUCGACCUCGGCGCCGGCAACGGUCUUCUUGCCCAGCAGUUCCGGGAGCUGGGUGUCGGUUACGUUCGAGGGAUCGAUGCGAUGCCCGAGGCAAAGUUGGCCGCCGACCGCGACCGUCCAGAGGUGUUCGACGGUUACGACGUCCUACCUUCUUUUGCAGCCUCUGCUAAAACUGAAGGCCCCUCUUCCCCACUUGGCGAGGUCAGCCUGGAGCCGGACUCGUUCAACCUUCUCACUUGCGCAUCCUCGGUCGGGCCCGAUGACUUGCCUCCGCGCGCCUUCACCUCUGCCUAUAAUCUUCUGGCACCUGACGCCUGGAUCGCCUUUACGCUUCGCGACACCUUCCUUGGCGGAAGGGAUACCUCGGGCUUUGCCCUUUUCAUCGGUCGGUGCCAGCGCGCAGGGAUCAUGGAGGUCAAGGCGCAUCAGCGCUUUCGGCACAUGAUCGAGCCAGACGGGAAGUCGACGUACUGCAUUGCCUUUGUCGCAAAGAAGGUCAAGAACAUCUCACUCCGGUGGCUGGAUCUGUCAGCCGUUUCGCCCUAAGCUUUCGGUCUGCCUCCGUCUUUCUUCUCUUUCACCAAGUCUUUCUAAUCAUAGCUUCUU